CUCCCAUUCCUCACGACAGGCAGCACCCACCAUACAGCAUACCUCACCCAACAUGGCCUCCAAGUACAUUCCACCCGCCGAACUGCAGGAGAUCCCCAUCCCCAAGAACUACUCCGACCUCAACUUCACCCAAAUUCGCGUCACCAACGUACCCGAGUCCUCCAAAGAAGUGACACCCAUCCAGCUGGUGACGCUCUACCGUCCGCAAAAAGUCAAUGCCUUCACGCCCAAGAUGAUGGAAGAGCUCGAGCUCGCCUAUACCCUCUUCGACAUCGACGACCGGGUCAAGUGCAUCGUGCAGACGGGGAGUGGAAAAAUGUUCUGUGCGGGCGCAGACUUGGAGACGGGCUUCGUGGGCGCGCAAGAGGCCGUUCGUGAUCACAGGGAUGGAGGUGGACGGGUCACAAUGGCGAUCAACAGAUGUCGCAAGCCGAGCAUUGGUGCGCUGAAUGGAAGUGCUGUGGGUAUUGGUAUCACCAUGACUCUGCCGAUGAACAUUCGUAUCGCGUAUGAGAACGCAAAGAUCGGCUUUGUGUUCGCUAGACGAGGCCUGGUCAUGGAGGCCGCGAGCAGCUUCUUUCUUCCCAGACUCAUUGGUACCUCCAAAGCCCUCCACCUCUGCACCACGGGCGCGACCUACCCAGCCAAACACCCCCUCCUGAACACCCUCUUCUCCGAAACCCUCCCAACCCCGGAAGCCGUACUCCCUCGUGCCCUCGAAAUCGCCGACGAGAUCGUCAAGAACU